GUGUGAAUCAGCUCUCUGAAAAACCCAGGAAUUCGAAUCGCAGUUUGGUGAUGCCCAAAGUUAAGGAGAGUGCCCAAGGUAGAAUCCUUCAAAAAAAUGCUGGUAGGAAUCUUUCACCACCUGCGCAUGAUUGCUGGAUCCAUUCCUCAUCAGGUUUUCGAUCACCAUGUCGAGAUAUUUGAUGCUGGGGAAUAUAAAGAAGACAGCACGUUCGCUUAUUACAAGCCAAAGACUGAGCCAUGUAGAAGCAAGGAAGAGGGGGACGAUUGUUGCUGCAGGACCUCUAUUUCAUACUAAAUUGUUCUCUCACUAUGGUUUUUUAUCCAGAGGACAUACUUCCUUGCCUUUACAUUGCACUAGGAGAAGUUUUUACCCCAAAGGUUUUGGUGUCUUCACAGCAAGAAACAUUGUUAAGCAUCAUGCCCAAUUUGUUCGGAAAAGGUUUUCCUACAAAUUUUCUUCUGAUAGCCGUUCUUUUCCCUCCAUAAACAAAGCUACUCAAGCCUUUAUCUUGGCCAUUUCUCGUUCUUACCUGAUACUUCCUGGUAUAUUUGCUUUCAUAUGUGGUGAGCUAGCACGUGCCCAAAGAACUGUCUCAAACGCAGGCUAUUAUCCAUCUCAUGAUUCUUUCUUUGUCCAUGCACAAGAUGGACACGCCUUCGUGGUUUUACUACUGCAUUCUACAUUAGAAGUUAUGAUAUUGCUACUUAGAGCUCUUUAUCUGGCAAUCUUGUUCACACCUUGCAUAAUGAUGGCACCAUUUGUGGAUACCUUUGGACAUAGCUUCAGGAGUCUCUGGCUUCGGGUUGUUCACCGCUCCCUGGAAAAAGGUGGUCCGGCAUUCAUUAAGUGGGGUCAGUGGGCAGCAACAAGGCCAGAUCUCUUCCCUAGAGACUUAUGUGCCGAGUUAUCAGAGCUUCAAACUAAGGCUCCUGAGCAUAGCUUUGCCUACACGAAAAAAACUAUUGAACGGGCAUUUGGUAGAAAGCUUAAUGAUAUAUUUGAGAAAUUUGAAGAGAAACCUGUUGCAUCUGGAAGUAUUGCUCAAGUAUACCGAGCUUAUUUGAAGUUUAGUUACCCUGGUCAACUAGUAAAGCCAAUGUUAGUUGCUAUUAAAGUUAGACAUCCUGGUGUAGGUGAAUUAAUUAGGAGAGAUUUCGCUAUAAUUGACUUGGUAGCAAAAAUCUCAAAGUUUAUUCCUACACUCAGGUGGUUGAGAUUGGAUGAAAGUGUGCAACAAUUUGCGGUUUUUAUGAUGUCUCAAGUAGACCUUGCAAGGGAAGCUGCUUACUUGAGCCGCUUCAUUUAUAAUUUUAGACAGUGGAAGGAUGUUUCAUUUCCAAAACCUGUGUAUCCUCUCGUACAUCCUGCUGUUUUAGUGGAGACUUAUGAACAAGGGGAAAGUGUUUCACACUACGUUGAUGAGCUUGAAGGAAAUGAGAGACUCAAGUCUGCAUUGGCACACAUUGGGACUCAUGCUUUUCUUAAAAUGCUUCUGGUGGACAACUUUAUACAUGCAGACAUGCAUCCUGGAAAUAUUCUUGUCAGGAUGCCUCAUGACAAAUCCCCUAGGAAGCGACUCUUCAAUAAUUCAAAGCCUCAUGUUGUUUUCCUUGAUGUCGGCAUGACUGCUGAACUUUCUGGAAAUGAUAGAAUAAAUUUACUAGAAUUUUUUAAGGCCGUUGCCCGAUGGGAUGGCCGCACUGUUGCAGAGUGCACCCUGAGAUUAUCAAAACAACAAAACUGCCCUGAUCCGAACGCAUUUAUUGAGGAAGUGACAGAUGCGUUUGCCUUCUGGGCUACUCCAGAAGCUGAGCUAGUUCAUCCUUCUGAAACCAUUCAGCACUUACUGGAGAAAGUGAGGCGUUAUAGAGUCAACAUUGAUGGAAAUGUCUGCACUGCGAUGGUCACGACCUUGGUUCUUGAGGGUUGGCAGAGGAAGCUUGAUCCUGAAUAUAAUGUGAUGCAAACACUGCAAACACUGUUACUAAGAGGUGAUUGGGCGGAGUCGCUUACCUACACAAUUGAAGGAUUGAUGGCACCGUAGGAGCAUGGGUUUUGGCUCUCUGAUCUAAUAAAACAUUUUUGACAAUGUAGAGACGAAAUUAUUUACUAAUAAAGCCUUUUCCACGUUAUUCAAGUUGUCUUAUAAUGCAUAAUCAUUUUUCCACUAAGAAGUUUUGAUUUUGUAAUUUCAAAACUGAGGGAAAAGUGUAAAUUCUUUUGAGACCAUAUUGUUUGUACUCUUCUCGAUGUAAGGUUACAUCUUUCUUCACCUGGCAAACAGAAGCAGCAGCCGUGGUUGUAUUGUUACUUUCAA